AUGGGGGAUGACCUCGACAGAUCUGAGAGACAUGGUUUGUCCAAGGCAGUGUUUUCGGAGGAGUCCCCGAAGGAUCUGGUGAUAGAGCAAAUAUUCGAUCCACUGAGAGAGCUAUUGAGGCGGAGCGAUGUAGUGGGCAUACAGGCCUCUACUGGAUCGGGCAAGACCACUCAAAUCCUCGUCACACAGCCUCGGCGGAUGGCGACUCUAUCAGUGGCGAUGANNNNCUCGCCGGCCUUGGAGCCCCGCCGGAUACCCACAGAGUUGAUCGAGAGUUUGCUCAUGUGGAUAAUCGAUGACUGGACCGACAAGAUGGAGGCAAUGUACCACCCUGAGGAGGAGGAGAACGAGAAACGGUAUUGUGCGGUGCUCAUUUUCUUGCCGGGUAUGGGCUCUAUCUCGAAACUCAUGAGGUAUCUUUUAAAAUCUUCGCCGUGCGCUGAGACCUUCAGACAACACUACUUGUUCAUACCCUUCCAUAGGGUCACUGCAGGGCAGCAUGCAAGUCGGCUUUUCAAGCGGCUGGAGAGUGUUGAUGGCCCUAGGAUAAAGUGCGUGCUGGCGACUAAUGUUGCCGAAACAAGUUUGACCAUCCCCGACUUGAGAUACGUUAUAGACUGCUGUCGGCAGAAGGUGAAGAAGAGCAAGAACUACUUGGAAGUGUGGUGGGCUGGCAAAUUCAACUGUCUUCAGCGUAGGGGCCGCACUGGACGUACGUGUAGCGGUACUUGCUUCCACUUGAUUCCAGAGAAGAUGUUCCAUUUUGGUCUACCAGAGCAGCUCGAGCCGAAUAUAGCACGAGAGCCUCUGGAGGGUAUUCUGCUGCAGUCACUCUGCCUCUCGAAUGGUCGCCUUAUCAGAGGUCUCGAUGAGCUCCUCACUUUCUAUAAGAACCUCCCACACGACCCUGAGACCCGUCGUGUGGUCCUGUCAGCGUCAAUGCUGAGAGAAGCCGGGGCUCUCGAUAAGGCGGGUAAUAUAACAAAUAGAGGUCGUAUAUUGGCAAGGCUACCACUUGAUGCCACCCAAGGUUGUGGACUACUCUGUGCAAGUGUAAUGUACAAUACCGGUUCCUACGGUGAUGCUGUUGGCUUCUGGUUGGCCGUCACGUUGAUCCUUAUGUCUUCUCACUAUGACAUUUACUUUGGCACUGAUUCAGAAGUUUUGGAUGGCGAUGAAGUCGCCGGCGAUGCCUCGGAUGAUAGUAUGUCCUCUGGGCCGCCGAAGAGGAAGCUCCUACCGAUCGAGGCGGCCACUGAGGUCCACCUCGGCGUUGAUGGUCAGGAGGCUCGUCGGGAGGCUAUUCUUAGCGAUCACUUCCAGAAGCUUGUAUUCGAGAUCGAGUGGGAGCAGAAGUGGAUUCGUGAGGGCCAUCGCGCUGCCAAGGCGUUUGCCAAACAUCGUCAUCUGAGGCACAGUGCCUUGUCGAGCUUGUGGACCGAGCGGGACUUCCUUUUCCAGUGGCUAGAGAAGAAUGGUCUGACUCCAAAGAAGCACUUUGAGUGGGUGAACGGUACCAAGGAGGUCAUUAUACGGGAAGGAUGGAACCCUAUGGAACUUGUGCUGCAACAAGUGCCUGGGCUUGAGAUGGUCUUGGCAGCAGUAGUGGGAUCUGACAUAUGUCAGUCAGAUGAAGCAGGAGGGAUGAGGACCAUGGACCCACCAUAUGAGGUCGGUCAAAUGGGGUAUAGUAUCAAGCUCAGACCUGCGGACACUUCUGUGAUACACCUCUACCCACAGUUGAGCCCCGACCACCAAGGUUACCAGUACCUGCAGAUCUUCGUUUACUCGGGUAGAUCUGACAGUAUGUGGUAUGGCAAAGACGACAGCCGAGGUCGCAUAGGCUGCCUUACUCCGAUGCUUCCAGCUACGUUGGUAGUGGCAUCGACGGCUAAGAUGCGUUACUGUCCGGGUGCUGGCCUCUAUAUUAGUGAUAAGGCAUUGAUGAGCGAUUGUGAGGCGUUGGAGAUCCUAUGGGAUGUUAGGCUCAUCCUCCGAGAGGCUAUGGAUAUGGUAGCUGAGCAGUGGUUGGAUAUUCUGGGGUACGGUCCGAGGAGGAGUAGGAGGAGAGCAGCAGCAGUAGCAAGGGCUGCUGAUACUGAGCAAAUUGAUAGGGCUCGAAGGAUGGCUCUGGCUAUUGGUAAUGAAAAAUCUUAUGCAUACAACAGCAGUCUUGCUAUACAUAACUGGUAUCAGGAUGUACAGGUUUAG